AUGUACCCCUCCUGGGGAUGAACCAAUCCCUGGCAUCCUUCCGCAGUAGUUCAUAAACUGACUCGAACACUUGUUCUAGGGGCACCUUACGAGAUUCGGCCAAUCUCUCCACCUCCUCGAUGAAGCCGCUCACACUACCUGUGCCACCAAAUGAAAUAUUCCAUUUGUGGACAGGAAUGGUUGGCACCGGUGACGGUCGAGGUUCCGGCUCUAAUGGUACUCUCUCUCUGGUCAUGGUCCUGCCAGAGCUCACACAAGAUGCAGGUGUACCAGUAUGUGAGACAUCAGCUGCUGUUGGAAGAUUGAUCCCAUCUCCAAGAUCAAUCAGGGAUGUUCAGCUCUUUCCGGUUGGAUCGGGGACAUCCCAGGUGAACUGGGAACCUCCACAUCCAAGAGGGACCGUUCCUGCUGACUGGAUGGCUGUCCACGGGUGUUGCUACUACUCAGUUUCUCCAGCGUCUCCAAGGCCUUAGUUGUAGUCGCCUUCAGUUGUUCGAUCAGUUGUAACUGUGUUUCAUCGGAAGUGACAAUAAAGUUCAGUCUUCCU